AACCGGCGCAUUGAGUGGAAUAGAUCCCUGAAUAUCUUGCUUGGAUUUCCUAUCCCAAACAACUCCAGAUACUUUUCCUCAACCAUCAUGAUGCUGUACCGACUCAAAGCCAGGCUUUGACUGUCCAGAAAUUUGAAGCCCUGAACGUCAUCUCUCUUAGUAUCGGCUGAGCGCACUGCAUCCAUAACGACAUAGAAAACACUCUCCAGGUCAUCAAGGAUUCCCCGGAUGGGGCUGCUGCUGAGCAUGGGAAUUCCCAUGAAAAGCGGCGUCCCUGUAAAUGGGUCCUUGGCCACCUCCACUUGUCCCACUGUUGUUGCAUUGAACCCCCACUGUUCGGCAACAUCAAUGUGUUUGAGUUGGGUUGGGUCAGUGUCCCUGGCAGCAUCCUCAGCAGUGUCCCAGCCAAUGACCUUGGCACAGCCCCAGUCAAUGACAUACACCUUGUCGUUCUUGACGCACACGUUCCCUGCUGAGAUGUCCCUGUGCAGGACACCAGUAUCAUUUGCCUGGGCAAGGCACAGGGUCAGCUGCUUGACAAAGCCAGGAACCAGC